GAGAACACUCUGUUUUUGCAAGUUUUAGCUACAAAUGGGAAAUGGCCAAAACCUUUAGAUCAAAUCACAUCUGAAAAAUCUAAGAUCUGGAGAAACUUUAUUCACCUUUAUAUUUCCUACUAAAACAAUUAGGGUUUCAGAGAGAGAGAGAGAGUGUCUAAGCACAACAAGAAAUUGACGACAAUGAACCAAGGAACUUCUUCGGAUGGUUCUAUUUGCAAGUUCUUUAAAGCUUUCCUUCCUGGUGAAUCCGGAGAUGAUCUGGUACUACCCAUUUCUUUUAACAGCUGUUUACCAAAAUCUUUGCCUAAAACUGUAACUGUGAGAAGUGUUAGUGGAAAGAUUUGGAAUCUGGUGUUGAGGAAACGUGGUGGUGACGAUGAGGCUGAGAGAUUUGUUAUGGUUAAUGGUUGGAAGAAGAUUGUUAAGGACGAAGAUCUGAAGGACGGAGAUAUCUUGGCAUUUGAAUUUGAUGGCUCUCGCUGUUUCAAUUUUUGUAUCUAUGAGCAUGCGACAGCGUGCAAAAGGAUUAAGAGAAGUUCAGAGCAAAACUCUGGGGGUGAAGAAGAAACUCGGGCUAGCAAUGAUGUUAUCGUUCUACAUGAUGAUGAUGAUUCUGAUUAUCAUGAUGCUGCUGUUGAGGAUUCUGAUGAUGAUAAAUCUGAGGAUGAGGAUGUUGAGCUUGAUGAUGAUGAUGCUGAUGCUGAGAAUGAGGAUGAUGGUAACAACCCCCAGUUUAUUGUGACACUCAAUCCAAAGAGGAAAAGCCAACUGAAAAUACCGGCUCAUGUCAUAAAGGACUAUGGUUUAACCUUCCCAGAGCGUAUAACAGUCAUGGACAAAUUGGGAGCAUUGGAGAAAGAAAUCAAGAUUCAGAUGAAUGGCUGCAUCUUUGUCAAGGGAUUUGGAAGUGUUUUCAGAAGGAACAAAAUGAAGACGACUGAUAAGAUGAUAUGCCAGGUUAAGAAGACUGGGACUAAUCUGGUUCACACCAUCAAGGUCAACAUUAUCAGGGGAUGAUCUCUUCACUAUGCUUUUAUGAGUCUUAUGUGUGGUAGCUGUGACUUGGUUUUAUUGUGUUAGCAAUGCUAAAUCGCUAUCUAUGGAUUUGGUUUAUAGCGAGUUGGUGUUAGAGAUGUUUUAAAAGUUAAAAUAAGAUACUUUCCUAUAAAGAGUUCCUGAAUCUCAUUAAAUCU